CUUCUACUUCUCGCUUGCCGGUUCUGCUCUUCUCCUGUUCGCUUCUUUCUUUCUCUUACUUUGUUCUUUGUGAUUUCUUCCCCUGGAGUCCCUCAUUGCGUCCCUUGGUCUUGUGCAGUGGGGAAUCACCCCUCGAAUCCACAGUUGACAGCUCCUAGCGUCGAUCACUUUCCCCCCACCAACAAACAAUGGAGGACUGGUCCCCCAGCUCUUGGGCCUCCAAACCCAUCAAACAGGAUGUCGUCUACGAUGAUGCUCAGGGCGUACAAGCAGCGCUGGGCAAGCUGCAGAAGCUACCGCCUUUGGUCACAACCCAAGAAGUGAACAAUCUGAAGAAGAGCUUGAAGAAUGUAGCUCUCGGAAAGGCGUUUGUGCUUCAGGGAGGUGACUGCGCGGAACUCUUCGAUUACUGUAAUCAGGACAUGAUCGAGGCCAAGGUCAAACUACUGCUUCAGAUGAGCUUGGUCUUGAUUUGGGGAGCAAACAAGCCCGUCGUCCGUAUUGCCCGAAUUGCAGGACAAUUCGCCAAGCCCCGUUCGAGUCCAAUGGAAGUCAUUGACGGCGUCGAGAUGCCCUCUUUCCGCGGCGACAACAUCAACGGCUUCGAUGCCACCCCCGAGUCCCGCAAACCUGAUCCCUCCAGGCUCGUUUCCGCCUACUUCCACUCCGCCGCAACCCUCAACUACCUCCGGGCCUCUCUCUCCUCCGGUCUGGCUGACCUGCACUCCCCUCUCGACUGGGGUCUCGGCCAUGUCAUCACCCCCUCCAUCCGGGAGCAAUACACCCGAAUCGUCAGCCGCGUCAAGGACGCCCUCCGCUUCAUGCAAACCGUGGGCAUCGACACCGAUCGCGGUGUCGAGACGCCUGACCCGUCUCCUCCGCAACCCCGACCUCCAACCCCAACCCUCAUCUGCCUCCACCUCCACCGCGCCCCCAAAUCCUACUACGCCACCUCCUCGCACUUCCUCUGGAUCGGCGACCGCACACGACAGCUCAACGGUGCACACGUCGAAUUCUUCCGAGGAAUCGUCAACCCCAUCGGGAUCAAGAUCGGCCCCAGCAUGACUCCAGAAGAACUCAUCCAACUCCUCGACAUCGUCAACCCGAGCCACGAAAUCGGCAAAGUCACCCUCAUCUCGCGCUACGGCGCCUCCAAAAUUGCCCAAUACCUCCCGGGCCACAUCGCUGCCGUACAAGCCUCCGGCCACCUCCCCGUGUGGCAAUGUGAUCCCAUGCACGGCAACACCCAGAGCACGCCCUCGGGCGUCAAGACCCGCCACUUCAGCGACAUUCUCUCCGAGCUGAAACAAGCAUUAGAGAUCCACCGCGCUGCGGGCUCCUUCCUCGGCGGCAUGCACCUCGAACUCACCGGCGAAGCCGUCACCGAGUGUGUCGGCGGUGCCGGUGGCCUGACCGAAGAGGGACUAAGCGAGCGGUACACAACGUUCUGCGAUCCGCGUCUAAACGAGAAACAGGCCCUCGAGCUAGCCUUCCUCGUCGCCGGAUUCUAUCGCGAAAUUGACGAGCAGUUGAUGGACUCGGACGGUUCGGAAUCAAAUUAGUCCCUAUCUUGCCCCAAGAAUGAGUACAUUGAAAAUAAAUAUAACCUCCCAAAUCAGUCUUGCAUGACUGCAAAUAGGACAGAGUAGUAAGGUAUACCUCUUUCAUUGGUGAUCAUGAAAUUACAUUUGGACAGAGAAAAAGAGAAUAGGAUAUGACCUUUAUGCAAUUGCAUAAUCCUA